AUGCGUGAAAAUGCUCAGCGAACUCUCAGAUUUCCACUUGUUGUGCUCAUAGAUGGACACUUGUUGCUCGGAGUCACGGUGGUGAAGUGGGUCGACAUAUUCUACAAGGAUAACAGUGACACGAAAAGGGAGCUGGAGCAGCUGAAGAUGAAGACUCGCGUGCGGGAAUCGCGAGAUUUCGUCACGGCUCUCGUGUAUAUAUCUCUCUUCCUGGACAACGUCCUUCUGACUGUGAUUGUUCCCAUCUUGCCAGAUUUUCUCGCCCAAUCCAGCGAUGUGAGUCUGCCUGAGAACAUUUCCACCUUCAAUGUGCCAAAUGGGAUGCUCUACACGAAGACCUUUGACCUGCACUACGUCCCCAAUAUGCUGAGAAAGCACCCGCUGGCCGGAUCCAAUGUGGUCAAUCUCACCCAAAUCAGUCUCGCCACGGCGGCCACGGCCAGGAAGGUGAAUCUCGACGAGGAAAAUGUCUCUAUCGGCAUCCUCCUGGCCGUUAAGGCUCUGGUUCAGUUGAUUUUCAACCCAAUUGUCGGUGGAUCGACGGCAAAGUUUGGAUAUCGCAUCCCAAUAGUGUUCGGGACGUUCAAUAUCUUGCUGGCUGCUUUAGUGUUCGCUAUCGGAGAUAAUUACAUCAGUCUGGUGUUCGCCAGGGCUGUUCAGGGCAUAGGAUCAGCCUGCAUAGGCGUCUGUGGAAUGAGUCUCGUGGCCCAACUGUAUCCCGAAGAGGACAAGCGUUCUAGGAUUAUGGGAAUUGUGCUGGGAAGUGUGGCUCUCGGGGUCCUCGUUGGAUAUCCAGUCGGAGGUUGUUUGUACGACUUUGUGGGCAAAGCCGCUCCUUUCUACAUAGUUUCAAUCUUCAUCGGUGUGGAUUUGCUGCUGCAGUGCAAAUUCUUGGAGCUCAUAGUGCCAGUGGAGAACCUGGAGGACUCAUCGGACAACAACACGGCAACCUGGUGGCCGCUGCUCACCGAUGUGGUGGUUUUCAUGGUAGUCCUGGCCAUUUGCAUAUCCACCAGUACGAUGGCAAUUCUUGAGCCAUGUCUUCCCAUAUGGCUGCUGACCAACCUCAACCCGAAAAAGUGGCAACUGGGGACUGUGUUCAUACCCGACUCGGUAGGAUAUCUCUUGGGGACGAACUUCUUUGGCAAAGUGGCCUAUCAAAUUGGCCAAAUCAAGAUUUCUGUCUUCGCUCUCAUCCUAGUUGGACUCUCUUCAAUCCUGAUUCCCAGUGCGUCCUCAGUGUGGAGCCUAAUGUUGCCCCAUUUCGGCCUGGGUUUGGGAAUUGGCAUACUCGAUGCUGCUUUGGUGCCCUUCCUCGCCACUUACGUUGACCAGAAGUACGGCGAUUUUGAGGGCGCCGCCGGAGAGUCCUUCUCCAACUACGGUGCCAUCUACGCUAUCCAGCAAAUGGCCGUUAGUCUGGCCUACUCCUUCGGACCGCUGCUGGGAGGUGAGUUGGCGAAAGUGCUGGGCUUCCCGUGGCUCAUGCGAUCGAUGGGCUCAAUAAAUUGUCUCUAUGGACCAAUUUUGCUGUUCAUCACCUCACGGAUAAAUUUGCAGGGCACUCUCAUAAAGUCAAAGGACGUUCUGCUGAACACAGGAGAGGACGCAAAUCAUGACUACAAGCGCUUCUACAACUCAAUCGAUUGAGAUUCGUGGGUGGGAAAGGCAGAAACAUAUGGAAUUAUACAUCCCCUCACC